CUUAUCCCCAACCAAAUGGAAGCCUGCACCUCCACGAGCAGCGUCAUCCUCCCGCUCCGCGUCGCGCCGCCGCGAUCAGCGGCGGCCGGCGCGGUCGCCUGCUACCGGAGCCGAGCGGGUACUAGAAGAAGGGUCCGGUUGGUAACGGCCCGCGCAUCACUCGACCGCGCCGCAGUGCUCCUCGAUGCCGCCGUCGGGACAGGGUACUCGCAGGCAAGCUACUACACGUCGCUGGGGCUCUUCGUGCUGUCAGUGCCUGGGCUCUGGUCGCUCAUCAAACGCUCCGUCAAAUCCAAGAUUGUGCAGAAGACGUUUGUUAAGGAGGAAGGGCAACCCAUGGCGCCAAGCCUGGUGGCUGGGGAGAUCCUGUCGUUCUUCACGCGCAACAGUUUCAACGUCUCUGACCGUGGCGAGGUCAUCACCUUUGAGGGCACAAUGACACCAAGCAGAGGACAAGCGGCACUGCUGACCUUCUGCACAUGCAUUAGCCUCGGGAGCGUUGGCCUUGUUCUGUCAAUUGCAGUCCCAGAAGGUGGCAACAACUGGUUCUGGCUUAUGACCUUGAGCCCCUUGGCGGGAGCGUACUACUGGACAAAAGCAUCAAGGACGGAAGAGAUCAAGGUCAAGAUGGUCUUGGCAGAUGACGGGAACGUAUCCGAAGUUCUUGUGCGAGGAGAUGAUGUGCAGGUUGAGCAGAUGAGGAAGGAGCUCAAAUUCAGCGAGAAGGGAAUGAUAUAUGUGAAGGGAAUAUUUGAAACAUGACCAGUAGCUUCAUAUCUAGCAUCUAGCAACCAAACAAACAGCUAAAACGAGGCUUUCCUAUGAUGCAAACUGAAGGUGAGAGAAGAGGGAUGGUGGGUUCUGAACAUCCACGGGCAAAUCUGUAUCUUGGCUUCGAGAAAAACAAAUGAUUUGUAUAUGAGACUCUAUUCAAAUUGUAAGAAGUUUUGUCCACACUUGAA